GGGACGAUGGUAGAAGAAACCGACGGGACAAUGUCCACAGUGGUCGCGACUGAAGAGGCCGCAGAGCUUAUCCCGCUCAAUCAGUUUAUAUCCUUGGGAUACCCGGGGUUGGGUAUGAUUGGGGCGAUCCAGCCGGCGGACGAAGAACGAGAGGUCUCGGAAUGGAGACCAUCCCCCAGUGAAAUGGAAUCCGGUGGUCCCGCGUUCAUUACCGGGGAGAUCGAUGUGCUCAAUAUCAUUCGAGCACUAGAUCACCGCAUCCCACUCCCGAUCGGACACCUUCUGUCCAUAUCGGAACAAGCUAACCAUCGCAUGCUGCAGCACUGUAAAGCCAAUCGAAAACGGCUCGCACUCACCAAGCUGGCAAUGGUAAAAGGGAAAGCCCCUGCGAAAGAAGCGAAACCUGACGCACCGGGAACCUCAGAACCCGUGCGCCCGGGGCUCAUUCAAAAAAGUGAUCGCUUUUUGCGUAUCAAAGCCAUCCCAUGGAAAUCCGCGGAGUGUGACGUGGAAAUCUGGGGAGUUCCCUAUAAUGCAAUCAUCGAUUCUGGAGCAGCCGUGUUAGCCAUAUCCUUGCGAGUAGUAGAGAGGGCAGGGAGACGGAAAAAUCUGAUUCCACUCACUGAGGGAGACCGCUUGAUCUCCGCAGACGAAGAAAAGAUCCGAGCGGUCGAGAGAAUGACAAAUGUCGCUUUUAGACUUGGAAAAGUCCACGCCUUGGGAGACGUAGUGGUCCUCAAUGUAAGCUCGUACGAUGUACUCCUGGGACUACCCGCCUUAAACGCCCUUCAGGCCAACCUGGACUUCGAGCGACGGGUAGUAGUUCUCAAAAACACGGGUGGCAAGCCAUACACAAUCCCUAUGCGUCUCACCCUCCGCACGACGGUCGGCUCGACGUGUAGAACCCAUCCGGAUACCGUUGGGUCGAUCCGAAUGAUCACAUGGGAAGGACUGGCUGAUGAUUCAAAAACAUCCAGGGAGGGACAAAUGUCCUCCCCUCCCGAGGACUCGGAAAGUGAAGAAGAGACAGACCCGACGAUUCAAGAACUGACGAGGAAGGUAAUCAGUUACCCUGUCCGACAGAAAACGACAAAGACGUUCGUGCUUACCAAAGAGAGAGCCCGACGGAUCCAGGCCCUUAUCAUAGGGGAGCCGCUAGUACAGGUGUCGAGGAUGCCCGAUUCUUCGAAACCCCCUCGAACCUUGUACGAAGGAGCUACCCUGCUGCUGCCACGGUACCUGGACAAACGCUCAUUCUGCGAUGUUACAGACUUACCUCCCCGAGCGCUUCUCACAGUGGAAAAGGAGUGGACCUGGGACAGCAAGCAUAACGUCGUGACCGAAGACGUGGAGUUGCUCAUCAUUCAAGCUUGGAGGACGGAGGUAGAGGGAGAUCUGUUGGGAUUCGUCUUCGGAUCGGUGGAGGCAGGACAUCGGCAACCAAUCGUAGGAGAGCUUCUAAUCCUCCUGACGCAGCUGGUGGACGAUCUACCGAUCGACAUCAUCUCGCACUGCGACGAGAGCUCGGCGCCGCAUAUUUUGUCGCGCAGCUUGACGUCGUACCUACAGUGGUCGGCGUGCUUGGAGGCAAUUGGGACAACCGUAAUUACCUGUCGCAUGGUUCUUCUCAAGAUGAGGGCCACAAACCAGGAGGUCAUUGAGCGGCACGAGAAAAUUGCAAUAGAGGUUGCAAGGACCCCAACCAAUGCAGAGGAAGUCGUCCAGCUAAGGAGGUACGCAAGCUCUUGCCCGAAUGAGUUAAAGGCACUGGACAAGUUGGUCAGUGAGACAAAGCACAGAGAGAGCUUUCUGGCAGACUACUACUACGACAUUCCGGAUGAAGACUUUAGACUGAUGAUGAGCGCGUACGAGUGGCCGAAGCGUGUGCAAGUCGUUCUCGAUAUUCACGUUAAGAAGAUCGAGGACGAACAUGAGCGCUUUGAGAAUGCGCUGAAGCAAAGGCGAACCAGCUUUGCCGCUCUUUUGGAACAGUACCGUGAGCAAGUGCUUGCAUUCCGGACAUAUGGAGAGGCUGAGAAGAUGGAUCAGUAUGCUGAAAUGGCAAAGGAGCUGGUGAGUAAUCUAACAGCUGCACAGGCGACUGCAGCAUCAAUUAAUGCUGAGGAGAUGUUAUUCAGUUUGUCUGUCAGCAAAUACCAGCAGCUAGCACAAACAAUCAGUGACAUCGAUCCAUUUGUGAAGCUAUGGACAACAGCUGCGGGGUUCCGGUCGAAAGAGCAAGAGUGGAUGAAUGCACCUUUUGCAUCGCUUGAUCUAGAAAUUAUUGAAAAUGAGGUUACCACGAUGCAGCGCAUGAUGUACAAGCUGUCCAAGCAGUUUGCAGAGGAGCUCCCUGAACCUGCAAAGGUGGCGACAUCGGUCAAAGCGAACAUUGAAAAGUUCAAAACACUUCUCCCACUCUUUUCAUGCCUCUGUAAUCCUGGUAUGUGGGCUUGGCUUGGCUUGGCUUGGUUCACUUGCAGUCUCCUGCCCUCAUGCUUCUUCACACUUCAUGCAAGUCGAGCAAUGUAAAUCUGACAAUUUUUUUGAAAUAACUUCACUUCGUGCCUUCCGACGCUUAAACCACCAGUACCCCAGGGGGUCUUAGGCCCCCUCGCGGCGCACCGAUUCAGCCUCCGCGUUAACGCCUAAAAACGUGGUAGGUACUGGUGGUUUGUUGUCCGGAAUCAAAAUUUAUUUUAUUU